AUGGACCAUAUAUCAUUGCCUAUUGAUGAUUUUGCCCACGCUCCGUUGGAAGUGCCUCAUCUCUGUAACGACCGGUUUCGCUAUGACGACCAUGGUUUCCUGACGUACCCGCAUCGAGCUGGCCUGGACCUUGAGAAGAUAAUUGAGAGAGGUCUUGUUGACAUCGAUACUCUUGCACCAGGAUUGCAAGCUUGGCUCUGGUUUGGUCUUUUGGGAGAGAUUCUCGGUAUCGGCUCCAGACUACAUGCUACACAGCGGAUAGCGAAUUAUAAUGCCUUUGUGACCGAGAAUUCUAAAGGAUCCAGUGUGAUUUCGACGACUGGUUUGCCCCGCUAUAUCAAAAAAGCCGGACAGAGAAACGAGACACUGCGUCAGGAUGGCUUCUAUAGCCAAAGAUAUUACGCUUGUUUGAGGGUGGCAAUGGCGUCGAUCAAGCGACUUCUGUCUAGUGAGAUGUGUCGCAAGCAUCUCAAAAGCGGCUGCCAGUUUGCUCGUCUCCCGGCCCUUUUCCGCGUCAUUCUGUCUAUCCAGAUUCUGAUAGAAUCGCUCCAGGCUGCCGAAUCCGUCCUACUUCCUGGGAAAUGGGAUUCGCUCUAUCGGCCGACUAUGGAGAGCUCUGGCUAUGAAUUAGUAGACAGAUUGUUGAUUGAAGCCGGCUGGUGCAAAUAUGAGGUCAACAGGCUCCCUGAGUCGGUGCGAUUACGAUAUUAUCUCAGCUUCUUGCAUCCAAGUGAUGCUGUACAAGACAAAGGGGAUCACUUGUCUUGCACCGAAGAUGCCUGCGUCCAUGUGCCUCAUAGUAUAGAUGAGCAAAAUAUCAAGCCUAGGCAUGUUACGAAAGACUGCAAAUGCUCUAUAGAGACAAUACAAGAUCUCCCCGUGACGAAUCUUGUCGAAGCAGGAGCGGAUCUACUGCUGAGGUUUGCUCAGACAGAUGGGACGGCGCGAAGAUUGGAGUUACUCGAGACUAGGUUCGAUAUCAGCGAGACGAACGAAGUUCCAUUUGUUGCAAUCAGCCAUGUUCGCCACGCUGGACUCGGCAAUGCUGAUGCUCACUCCCUGCCUUACUGCCAACUCGCGAACAUUCAGGAACUCGUCGACAAAAUUUGCCCCCCUUCUGGUAUAGUCAUAAGUUCCACGCCAUUCUGGCUGGAUACCAUGUGUAUACCUUCGGAGCGCCGGGCCCACACAGCCUCUCUCAAGCGCAUUCGCGAAAUCUUCAAGCACGCUUCGCGUGUUCUCGUCAUUGAUCAAGCUCUUUGUUCUCACGCCAUUGGCUCCCCCGAGGAUGCCCUGAUACGGAUUCGAUACUCGCUUUGGAAACGUCGGCUGUGGACUUUGCAAGAAGGAUUCGUUGUGCCUGCCUCAAAUCUGAUAUUCUGUUUUGCAAACGGUCUGUUUUCACUUCGGGAACUUCUGGAUCGUUACGAAGACAAAGCGUUAGUGCCAUUCCCACUUUUGAAAUGCGCGCAGUUUGUUGGAUUUCGCGUGCUUCCUCAUCUAAAAACCACGCUCGAUAUAUUGGAUGACGAUAUCAAGCUACUAGCAGAUAUGCCACAAGCUGUCAUAGGUCAUCUUGAGAAGACAAAGCUACGCCGGAUAUUGCGCUUGGGGUACUUGGCGUCUGAUGAUUUCAAGUAUUUCCAAGAAGACGUAGAGGCGCAGCAGAUACAAAAGCUUCUUCCGUUGCUGGGCGAUUUGUACUUGGAUAUAAAAAAUUCACCCGUGGUACCUGGCUCUAGAUCCGCAGAGCAAGUUGUAUUUUGCCUUGAGAGACUUUAUGGACUUGACAUCUGA